GACACGCAUCUCUCACUAAUGGCGAGCGCGAACCCGAACUUACCUGAGAACCUGGACAUUCAUCCUCUUGUUCCUGCCAUCGACGCCGAAGGCGCUGAGCAGUUCGACUAUGAUCAGCAACAGCGAGAUAUCUCGCAGUUUGGGAUCGCAGGACGGGUAUGGGGAGUGGAGGCAGCUUAUCUGCUCAUCCAGUACCUGGUUCCCAUCGCCGAAGUGACAUACGAGCCGCUUUUCGCGCCAUCCGCCGACGGAAUCAGAGUGGUAGAGCUGGGGUCUGGUUCGGGUAUCGUGGCGAACACGAUGUCUACUCGGCUGCGCCCUGACCGAGAUAUCAUGUAUUCCACCGAUCUGCCUGAAGUAAAGACGCUCUUCCGUGUGUCCGCUGCUCGAGCGCAACCUCAGACCGCAUCUCCAAGCGCACGGCGGGCCUAUCCUUGUGAGACCGCUAUCAUGGGGAACGCAGAACAUGCAUCGCAACUGCUCAAGCAACUAGCCCCAUCGAAUAUCACCCAUGUCCUGUGCAGCGAUCUCGUCUAUUUUCCGGAACUCUUGGGACCGCUCCUCCGCUCUCUUAUUCAUCUGACAUCUGGCACUCGUGAACUCGGCCCCCAGGUUAUCAUAUCCUACAAAAUACGCAGUCUCGCGAAGGAGACAACCUUUUGGUCUGCCUUCGGAUUGUGGUUCACUUUCGAGCCUGUGCUGUACCGGACACAAUCUGGAUCUGAAUGGUCCCGGCUUGGCAACACGAUGCAGGAUCCUACUUUUGUCUUCGUUGCAAGGCGCCGCGAUGAGUCGAUGUCAUGGUUGCUACCCGAAAACGACCACGAUCUGUUACACGGGCUGUUCCCCGGAAAUCGUUCGCCCAAGAGCGAUGAUACAUUCGAAACUCUGUUACUGAUGUCCCUGGAUGACUGAGCGAUGAGGGCAUCCCAGACCCAUGGUGGUGCACUACCCACGGAUUAGUCAGCUGCUUGGCGGAAACAAAGACCUGCGCACUGAAUCUUUGGUUUCCGUUCUCCAGGAAGCCAAAGGCCGAGUUAUAAUCGGUCUCGGGAGGUUUCUCAUAUCCGGGAGGAGCAUAUGAUUUGGGUACGAUUCCAGGGAUGCUCCGAGUUGUGAUUCGCACGGGCUCAGAAAUCAGAGCUUUCUUCGUUUCUGACCCUGUUGGUGCGAAUCCGGUGGCCGAGAAAUUGAGCAGUUCCACGGUAUACUAAGCUCAAACGAUCAGCACAGCACACAUCGGAUCUGCAGAGUGAAAACAUACCCGAAUGGUGAAUCGUGGAAACACGCAGCUUGGUUUCACGCUCUUCUUCACAUCUAAUUCGCCGCGCAUGACGCGUUUACCCUGUUCCUUUCCUCCCUCUGAGAGCCAGAAAUAAGCUUGUCCAACUCCCGCCAGAAAGUUGGUAUUGCUCCGGCGGUCGAUGCCCUCUUGCACGGCAUCGCUGCCGAUAGCUAAGCUGCGGACUAAGUAGACACGGACAGCCUGCGUUGCGGCAAGUGUGUCCAGGGCUUGCUCAUCUUUGCUCUGAAGUGUCAGGAACAGAGGGAUCG